CCCCGCCCACUGUGCUCCAUAACAGCAUCCGGGUCUCUAGGUGGGAAGGAGCAGAGAGGAGACAUCAGGCACUCAAGCUGUGAAGUAACGGAGGCUUUAGUCGUACCUCCUGUAUUCUCCCUGAUUCUUUGAGAAUGGACACAGACAGACAUCAGAAAAUGGAGAGGAUAAUAAAUCUCUCCCUAGAGAUCAUCUACCUGCUGACUGGGGAGGAUUAUGCAGUAGUGAAGAAGACAAGGGAUUUUGAGACACCCAGCAGCUGUCUCCGCGUGGCAGGAGGACUGAGCAGGACCCAGAGCCCCAUCCUGGUGCCUCCACCUCACUCUCUGAUACAUGAGAGACACAAUGACCAGAAGAUCCUGGAACUCGCCAACAAGAUCAUUCAGCUGCUGACUGAAGAGGAGGGGGAGUAUAUAGAGGAACACAGGGGUCUGUACAAGAACGUGAUGAUGGAGAAUCACUGGCCCCUCACAUCACUGGAUGGACCCAGUAACAGAGAUACCCCAGAGAGAUGUCCCCGUCCUCUGUAUUCCCAGGAUUGUACAGAAGAGAAUUACAGGAUCCCACAGGAGGAUCAGGUUGAAGAUAUGGCUGAUAUUAAGGCGGAAGAUAUAGAGGGAGAAGAGGAGACGUAUGUGACUGAUAUGAAGGCAGAAGAGACGUAUGUGACUGAUAUGAAGGCAGAAGAUAUAGAGGGAGAAGAAGAGACGUAUGUGACUGAUAUGAAGGCAGAAGAUAUAGAGGGAGAAGAGGAGACGUAUGUGACUGAUAUAAAGGCAGAAGAUAUAGAGGGAGAAGAAGAGACGUAUGUGACUGAUAUGAAGGCAGAAGAUAUAGAGGGAGAAGAGGAGACGUAUGUGACUGAUAUAAAGACAGGAGAUAUAGAGGGAGAAGAAGAGACGUAUGUGACUGAUAUAAAGGCAGAAGAUAUAGAGGGAGAAGAAGAGACGUAUGUGACUGAUAUAAAGACAGAAGAUAUAGAGGGAGAAGAAGAGACGUAUGUGACUGAUAUAAAGGCAGAAGAUAUAGAAGGAGAAGAAGAGACGUAUGUGACUGAUAUAAAGGCAGAAGAUAUAGAGGGAGAAGAAGAGACGUAUGUGACUGAUAUUAAGGCAGAAGAUAUAGAGAGAGAAGAAGAGACGUAUGUGACUGAUAUGAAGGCACAAGAUAUAGAGGAAGAAGAAGAGACGUAUGUGACUGAUAUGAAGGCAGAAGGUAUAGAGGGAGAAGAAGAGAUGUAUGUGACUGAUAUAAAGGCAGAAGAUAUAGAGGGAGAAGAAGAGACGUAUGUGACUGAUAUGAAGGCAGAAGAUAUAGAGGGAGAAGAAGAGACGUAUGUGACUGAUAUAAAGGCAGAAGAUAUAGAGGGAGAAGAAGAGACGUAUGUGACUGAUAUGAAGGCAGAAGAUAUAGAGGGAGAAGAAGAGACGUAUGUGACUGAUAUGAAGGCAGAAAAUAUAGAGGAAGAAGAAGAGACGUAUGUGACUGAUAGAAAGGCAGAAGAUAUAUCGGGAGAAGAAGAGACGUAUGUGAGGGGUGAUCAGCCAUGUAAGGAGGAGGAAAUCCCUACAGAUAUCAGCACAGCAGUUGGACACCUCAGCAGGAAUAUCUCAGAAGAACAUCUCCAUUUCUCUUCAGAUGGUGAAAUCAAAGAUAACCUCACACAAAAUGUUCAUGGAGAAAACUCUAUUACUCCAUCUGGUCCCACUUCUCAUGGAGAAUGUGCUCUUGAUAACUCAGAUAUUGGUAUAUCUAUUGCAGCUCUUAGAAUAGAUAAGACGUUGCCUUCUUCUAUAGAUACCAAAUAUUUUACACAGAUCACAAAGCGUAUUAGCCAUCCCCCAGCUAAGGCAGGUGAGAGGCAGUUUUCAUGUUCCGAGUGUGGGAAAUGCUUUAAACGAAAACAGACUCUUUUUAGACAUCAGAGAAUUCACACAGGUGAAAAACCAUUUUCAUGUUCUGAGUGUGGGAGAUGUUUUGCAUAUAAAGGACAUCUUAUUAGACAUCAGAGUAUUCACACAGGUGAGACGCCAUUUCCAUGUUCUGAGUGUGGGAAAUGUUUUAGACAGAAAUCAAUACUUAUUACACAUCAGAAAACUCACACAGAUGAGAAGCCAUUUCCAUGUUCUGAAUGUGGGAAAUGCUUUAGAGAUAAAUCGCAUCUUGUUAGACAUCAGAGAAGUCACACAGGUGAAAAACCAUUUCCAUGUUCUGAGUGUGGGAAAUAUUUUAGAGAGAAAUCAGAUCUUUCAUCACAUCAGAGAAGUCACACAGGUGAGAAGCCAUUUCCAUGUUCUGAGUGUGGGAAAUGUUUUAGACAGAAAUCAAUUCUUGUUACACAUCAGAGAAGUCACACAGGUGAGAAACCAUUUCCAUGUUCUGAGUGUGGGAAAUGUUUUAGAGAGAAAUCAAAUCUUAUUAAACAUCAGAGAAGUCACACAGGUGAGAAACCAUUUCCAUGUUCUGAGUGUGGGAAAUGUUUUAGAGAGAAAUCAGAUCUUAUUAUACAUCAGAGAAGUCAUACAGGUGAGAGUCCAUUUCCAUGUUCUGUGUGUGGGAAAUGUUUUACAAAUAAAUCGCAUCUUGUUAGACAUCAGAGAAGUCACACAGGUGAGAAACCGUUUCCAUGUUCUGAGUGUGGGAAAUGUUUUACAAUUAAAUCGCAUCUUGUUAGACAUCAGAGAAGUCACACAGGUGAGAAACCGUUUCCAUGUUCUGAGUGUGGGAAAUGUUUUACAGAUAAAUCGCAUCUUGUUAGUCAUCAGAGAAGUCACACAGGUGAGAAACCGUUUCCAUGUUCUCAGUGCGGGAAAUAUUUUAGAGUUAAAUCAGAUCUUGCAUCACAUCAGAGAAGUCACACAGGUGAGAAACCGUUUCCAUGUUCUGAGUGUGGGAAAUGUUUUACAAAUAAAUCACUUCUUGUUAGACAUCAGAGAAGGCACACAGGUGAGAAGCCAUUUCCAUGCUCUGAGUGUGAGAAAUGUUUUAAAUAUAAAUCACAACUUGUUACACAUCAGAAAUGUCACACAGGUGAGAAGCCAUUUCCAUGCUCUGAGUGUGAGAAAUGUUUUAAAGAUAAAUCACAUCUUGUUACACAUCAGAAAAGUCACACAGAUGAAAAGCCAUUUCCAUGCUCUGAGUGUGGGAAAUGUUUUAAAUAUAAAUCACAUCUUGUUACACAUCAGAAAAGUCACACAGAUGAGAAGCCAUUUCCAUGCUCUGAGUGUGAGAAAUGUUUUAAAUAUAAAUCACAUCUUGUUACACAUAAGAAAAGUCACACAGGUGAGAAACCAUUUCCAUGCUCUUGGACACCACACAGAUUAUUGAUUUUAAAAAAAUUAUUUUAUUUUUGUUAAAUUUCUAAUUGUUUUAAGCCUAUAUGUUAUUUUAUCUUUCUGAAGUGGGGUACACUGGGAUUCCACAGGAAAUA